AUGGCAAUCUUGCCGACGGAGAACAUGGAUGACAUUCCCCGUACGCGACGAAGGUCCUUGGCCACCAUCAUGAAACAUCUUCACGUCGGGACUGCUGGCAACGCCGCGGACGUUUCACCUUGCGUGUUUUAUGAUCCUCGAGCCAGAAGGCCGACACGGUCGGUGCAGGCUCAUCCGAAACAAAAGGUGCAGUUGCGUCGUUUCAUCAAAAAAUCGCUGUCGGUCGCAGAUCUUUCGGUGGGAAAUGGAACAGAAUUCUUCUCGCCUCGCGCAUCACGGCGACCGCGCGCAGUUUCGUUGAGGGAUCUACUGUCGCAGGAACAGCUCGGGGGAGGACAUGAGACCUGCGUAGCAUUUGCGACGCAAACGUCAUGUGUAUGUGCGUCAGACGAAACGUUGCAGGCCUCGUUAUCAGCUUCAUUACCACCACAGGCGCUUCUUCAAGACAGUCGAGUGUUUCCAAAAGCGCGAGUGCCGCGCAAAGCGCAUUCUGUGGACGGGUUUGCCCAGGCUGUCGGCGCAGCUGCACCAUGCAUCUGGACACAACGCAAGUUCACCAAAAUCGUUUCAUCACCUCUUAUCAGUCCCGAAACGUGUAAAGAUAAUGUUGCACAGCCUUUGGCAUGUUCCAGGCUGUAUGAUACCCGGGCUGAUCAAGCAGUACGAAAGUCGUACGACCAACAAGGUCUAAACAGCCGCCGGCGCAUCACAAAAUGCGAUGACUUCACACAUUCAACGCAACAGUGCGCACAACAACAUUCAAGUAACACCAACCGCAAUAUCGACAUUCCGGCCCCCAUUGCAACAGUAAACGCGAGUGGGAACUAUGUGGUGUCGGAUUCGCGACCCAGCCGUCAGAUCGACGACUGCGCCGCUGAUAGCGCCACUGGGCCGAACAUGGAAUCCUCCAGCCCAUCCAAAAAUUGGGACACGAGCAAUGUAUAUGCCGAAUCGCACCUGCAGUUUUCUACAGAAUUUAAUCCUGAGUCGUUUGAACGACGGCGCGAAAAAUCGCCGUCGCUGCCAGUGUUGAGAAUUACUACAACCAGUUCUUCUUGGCAAAGGAAUAAAGACAGAGAAUAUCACAUCGAUGCAUAUUCAAUGGCGACGACAUCUCCAACCCUGCUGUCUCCAAGUGCAUUGGAUGACAAUAUGAGGCGAUCGCGUGCAGGUCCGACUCACCGCCGCACAGUGCGGAAACGAGUUGCACCAAAACGAAAAAUCAGCCACCGUGGAAAAAGCAGUAUGGUUCCCGAGUUUUUGCCAGCGAUCAAAGAAUGGUCACCUACAAAUGCCAUGUCUAAGCGUGGGUUCAAGAACACAAAGACGAGACCACCGUCCAUGCCGUUGCCACCCCUCCCACUGUUCCACGAUUCACCUGCUGCGACGCCAACAGCGACAACGACAGUUAUGACACUUCCGCAACCUGAUCGAUGGCGCCCGACGAUAUAUAUCCCUGGACCGAUAUCUAUUCAGAAAAGAACGAAGAACACACGGAGUGACUCGGCGACUGCGUUCGACGAUGUCAAAAUCCUCGAUUCUACAACCGAAAUCGAGUCGCACAGCUUCGACGACGAAAUUUGUCGAUUCUUUGACGGAUUCUGUUUUGAACCAGUCAAAUACCUGCCCGACUCAUUCUUACCUACACGAAUACGUCCUGUCCAGCGGUUCAAAUUACCUGUUGUGCCUCGACUACCAACCAAGAGGGUUGAGAGUGUUGUGGAACCGGCUGGAGAUAUUGCCGACCUUUCGUUGUUCAGCGUCUCGCCCUUCAAGACUGAACCAAAGUCGCUAUCUGCGAUCAAAUCGGCCCCGGACGGUGACAUUGUCAAGUCUGCCAUGCCUCUCUCACUCAAUUCACAUUUCCCUCUCAAGCAGUCACCCCCUCCAACAACAUCAGAGCAGAAGAAGAGACGGCCAAAGGAAACCGCGACAAGUAAGCCGAUGAUUCGUGUCGACAGUGGUUACGACGAGAACAAUGUAGAGGAGAAGAUCGCUCGUGGACCACAGACGCCUCACAAUCUCAGUAUCAGUCCUCCACGAGCAAACCAUCUCCGCCAGCGCAGCCGCGGCCCGGCGACUCCGCCUCUGCCUGUUCCCAAAGCAUCGGUCGCAUCAUUACGAUCUUUAUCGGCGUCAAUGGGUCCUCAGCCUCCUGUACCAGCGCUCUCUGGAUUCUCCGGCCUCUCAAAGCUCACCGCACAAAUCCGCGUCUCCCGCGAAGACCAAGAUCUCCCGCUACUUUCACCACCUCCUCUCCGAUCCCCACCUCCACCACCUUCAGCGACUCUAUCAACAUUCAGCCAAGCUGAGAACUGCAUCCUCGACCAACUCUCCACCCUCAAUGCCUCGCCUCCACCCCGGCCUAGAACCGCCAUCGACCAAGAAAAGUCCACCCGGCCCACCGCUCCAGCCUUUCACUUUCCCCUCCGCCCUCACAUACCCAACGCCACAUCCACACUCGCACCAGCCUCUCCCACCUCCCACCUGCGCUCCAAAAGCGUCGACACACACCUCCACCGACACCCUUCCACGCGCACCCUUGGUGGCGGCAGCAGCGCCAACGCCAGCGUCGACUUCGACUGGUGGGGCUCGGACAGUUCCUCGGGCCUGAAAAGUCGUCCUACCUGGAAAGCCCCGGCCCCCGUCCUCCCGCCUCCGCCGCCGAUCGAGGUCCAGAUCCAAAUGAAAAUUCAAGCGCAGGCCCAGGCACAGAUGCAGAAGGGGCAUCGGAGACAGGGCAGUGCGGUGGGGAGGAUUAGGAGGUUGGUUGCGAUGGCUUGA